AUGCUGCCCCCGUGUGGCAAAGUGACGGAACAACAUCACAGCAGUACUUCCACCGCGGAGGAAGAGGAUAAAGAGCGAGGAAGAGGGCAUGGUAAAGCCGUCCACACAAGACACGGCGCGGGGCUGUCUCUCAGGAAAACCCGGGGCUCUGGACGCCUGCUGUAUCGGUGUAAGUCAGUAUCAUACUGGAGCCCGUAUUGGAGAUGGCCUACAGAUGUGUGUGGAGUCAACUGCUUAAUAGAAACAUCUCUUGGAGACAUUAUGAGCCAGGAUCCUCCCGAUGUGUGGAGUCACCUGGCUGUUGUGGCCUGUGGUCCCAGGCUUGAAGAAACUCUGACUAUGUUAAAGUCUGCUCUCCUCUUCAGCAAAAACCCUUUGCACUUUUAUAUAUUUGCAGAAACCGUAUUACAUGGCAGCUUCAAAGAUGCUAUGAACUCGUGGCCACGUAUGGUUAGAACCAAAUUUAAUUUCACCAUCUUUCCCAUCACCUUUCCUGAUGACAAUGAACACGAGUGGAAAAAGCUCUUCAAACCAUGUGCAUCUCAAAGACUCUUCCUUCCACUUCUUCUGCAAGAUGUGGACUCGCUGCUCUACGUGGACACAGAUAUUCUGUUCCUUCAGCCGGUGGAGGAUAUCUGGAUGCUUCUGUCCAGCUUUAACUCCAGUCAGUUAGCAGCUAUGGCUCCAGAGCACGAGGAGCCUCGUAUCGGCUGGUACAACCGCUUCGCCCGGCAUCCUUACUACGGCAAGACUGGCAUCAACUCAGGGGUCAUGCUAAUGAACAUGACACGCAUCAGGGCCAAAUACUUUAAGAACGAUAUGACAACUGUUCCUUUAAGAUGGGAAGAAAUGCUUUUGCCGCUCCUUCAAAAGUAUAAACUCAACAUCACCUGGGGAGAUCAGGACCUUCUUAAUAUCAUAUUUCAUCAUAAUCCAGAAAGCUUGUUUGUGUUCCCGUGCGAGUGGAACUACCGUCCAGAUCACUGUAUUUAUGGAAGCAACUGUCACACGGCCGACCAGCGAGGUGUCUUCAUUCUCCAUGGAAACAGGGGAGUCUUCCAUGAUGACAAGCAGCCAGCUUUCCGAGCCGUUUAUAAUGCCAUCCAAACGUACCAGUUUGGAGGAGAUUUGGUCAAGACCCUGUUGGAGCCACUUGAGGCGUCUCUCAGAUCCACCACACACACGUACUGUGGCCGCAGCAGUCAUACCUUCACCAAGAGGCUGAAGCAGAGCAUUGUGCCAGCUCAACAGGAAGUGCCACGCGGGAGAUGA